GGCGGCGACCCGGGCUCGGCCGGAAACGUCGGCGGUGGGCUCCCGUCGCGGAGGAGAGUAGUCGGGGCCGCGGUUACUGCAAGUGGAGGAUUUGCAUUUGGGAAAUUCAAACCAAUUGUCACCUUGAGAUCUGACACUGUUGGUUGAUUUAUCAGGACCUGGAUAUUUGACAUUCAAGGUUCUCAUUGCACAGUGUAUGAGAAGGCCAGCGCUUACAGUCAGGAGACUGGCAGCACAGACGACACCAGGAUCUGACUGGGUCUCCCAGUUUGGAGGAUGAAAGGAAAAGCUGCUCACCGUGGCAGGAAACCGUGGCGGUGCUCAGAUUGCGGAGAGGGUUUCCAAUCCCCCUCCGCCCUUGAGAUUCACCGGCGGGUUCACACCGGGGAGAGACCCUUCGCUUGUUCUGUGUGUGGGAAGGGAUUCCCCCGGUCAUCUCACCUGCUGAGGCACCAGCGGCUCCACACGGGGGAGAGACCGUUCGCCUGCCAAGGCUGUGGGAAGUCCUUCAAAUGUUCCAGGGAGCUGAUAUCUCAUCAGAUUCUCCACACGGACGAGAGACCGUUCAGGUGCUCCGACUGCGAGACGGGGUUCAGGCGAUCCUCCGACCUCACCAAGCACCAGCGGCUUCACACCGGGGAGAAGCCGUUCACCUGCUCCGAGUGCGGCAAGGGGUUCACCCAGUCCUCCGCCCUGCUGCAACACCAGCGGGUUCACACCGGGGAGAGGCCGUUCUCCUGCGCCGAGUGUGGGAAGGGCUUCACCGCCUCCUCUGCCCUGCUGAGGCACCAGCAGGUUCACACCGGGGAGAGGCUGUUCACCUGCUCCGUGUGUGGGAAGGGAUUCACGCAGUCGUACAACCUGCUGAGGCACCAGCAAGUUCACGAGUAGCUCCAGGGAUGGGAUGGUGCUGUUCGGAGUCAGCUGCAGAUCUUGGGGCUAAAGGGACCGAAGGAUGCGUGGAGAAAGUGGGAACAGGAUAGUGAGAUGGCUGAUCAGACAUGAACAUAUUCAAUGAUGGAGAAGAGCCAAAGGGCUGAAUGACCCACUGCUCCCAUUUCUUCCUGUUUUACCCACGUCAAUCAUAAACCCUUUGAAUUAAAUGUAAGAAAUGGUCCAACAACAGACGGUUCCAGCAAAAUCUGAACCGUAUCGUAUGACGGUGUGAGAUUCUCUCCUCUCUUCACAAAUUAGUACUGCUGAAAUCGGAUGACACAAAGAGUGGAAGAGGAGGAGGUGAUGGACUGGAAAACCCUUGAUGCAUUGCCUCACAGAUUCAGACUGACCACGCUUAGUAAGGUACCUGCUUGGUUAAAGGUUGGUCAAAGAGGCGUAGGGCCCAUAUGGGAAGUUGCCCAAGUAUAUGCUGUCCGUAAAGAGCAGGACAAAUCCGAGCCGGCCAAUUACUGCCCCAUCAAGUCUACUCUCAGUGAAUACUGAAGCAAUGGAAGCUGUCAUCAACAGUGCUAUCAAGCAGCAUAUGCUCAGUAAUAAUCUGCUCACCGACACCCAAUUUGGGAUUCUCCAGGUCACUUAACCCUGAUCUCAUUGCAGAUUUGAUUCAAAGAGCUGACUUCCAGAGGGGAGGUGAGAAUCACUGCCAUUAGAUCGAGGUGGCAUUUGACCCAGUGUGGCAUCAAGGAGCCCCAGUGAAACUGCAGUCAGUGAGAACCGGUGGGGGAGACUCAUACCUGGUACAAAGGAAGACGGUUGCGGUUAUGAGAGGUCAGGCGCCUCAGCUCCAAGUCUCCUCAGCUCUCGGACAUCUCUGACGGAGUUCCUCCAGGGUUGUGUCAUCUUCGGCUACUUCUCCAAUAAUCUUCCCUCCCUCAUAAGGUUGGAAUUUUUUUCCGAAGAUUGCGCAAUGUUCCGUCCCGUUCAUGACUCCUCAGGUACCAAAGAGGUCCAGGCUCAAACACAAGAUCUGGCCAAUGUCCUGGCUUUGCUGAACAGUGGCAAGUAAUAUUUGCACUACAGAAAUGCCAGGCAAUAAUCAUUUCCAAUAAGAGUGAAUUGAACCACUGCCCCUUGACGUUCAAUGGCAUUACCACUACCGAAUUCCCCGCUGUCAACAUCCAGGGGGGGUUAACAUUGACCAGAAACUCAAUUGGACUUGCCAUAUAAAUAAUGGCUACAAGAGCAAUUCCGAGAUUAGGAGUAUGUAACUCCUGUCCUGAAUUCCCAAAGUCUGUUCACCACUUACAAGACACGAGCCAGCAGUGUGAUGGAAUACUCCCCAUUUGCCUGGAUGAGUGCAACUCUAAGAACACUCAAGCUUGACACCAUCCAGGACAAAGGAGCCCACUUUCUUGGCAACUCAUCCAAUAAGCAUCCGGUCCCUCCACCACCAAUGCUCCAUCGCUGCAAUAUGUACUGUCUAUAAUUCACCAAAGACCCUUCGACAACACACUGCAAACCCCCAACCACUUCCAACGAGAGGGAGAAAGACAGCAGCUUUACCGCCCCCUGCAAGUUCCCCCAUUCGGCAUCCAGGAUUGGAAAUAUAUCGCCGUUUCUUCAGCAUUGCUGGAAUUCCCUCCCUAACAGUGUUGUGAGUAUAACUAUACGCAUGAGUCGCAAUGACUCAAGAAGGCAGCUCAGCACCACUUUGUCAGGGGCAUCGAUGUGUCGUCCCGUUUCCCAAUCCCCAGAUCAAUCAAAGCAAACACUCAGAGAUCCAGUACGGCUUUACUUCCUUCAUCUUUAUUCCAGGCCCAUGCGCACAGAGAUAUAUGUUCUCGGUCUUCGCUCGAACACCAGUUUCUUGAUGAAUUACAUAGUCACUGACAGGGAGCAGCAUUCAAAUAGGCAACAUCUAUAUUGAUUGGGUGACCAUCACAUUCAGUGGGCAUCAACAGUAAAGAUUAAGUCAUCUGGAGUUAUACAAUGAAUGCUCUUAACCUUGUUAACUGGCUUCACAUAAAGAAUGCUUUCCACCUCCUUAACCCACGACCGUUGCCUCCAACACCUCACUGUUUACUGCAAGUUCUCAUCUGAUCCAAGUCACGCUAGCUGAGCCUUUGUCCCUCACAACCUACCCCGUUCCUUGCCUGCUCAUACCUUGCACACGUUCUCCUAUGGUUAGGCAAUAAAUACUUGCCAGCCAGUGACUCCCAUGUUGCACAUGUGAAUUUAACCAAAAAAAGGCACCAAAAAGGGGAUUCACACAUAGUGGCAAAGAGCACGGCAGACAUGUUCAGUGAGCACUUUGCAUUAGUCAUUACGAAGGACUCCGGUGUCCCCCGAUGCUGCGAUGACAGAGGAAGUAACACAGUCACUAGAAGGGUUUGAAAUUUGGAGGAGGAAGCGAUGGAUAAGCAACCAGCCCUGGAAGUUGCAAAGCAGCCGGGACAGGCUGAGAACCACCCAGACACUCUGAAGAAAGUAAAAGUGGCACCUCCAGGGGCAGUGACCAUGAUCAUUUUGGCUUUCCUAUCCUUCGGGUAGCUUCCAGAGGAUUCGAGAAUUGCAGACAUCAUGCACCCCUUCGAAAAGGAUAAGCCGAGCAGUUCCAGACCGAUCAACUUAACAGCUGACUCCCUCAAAAUAAUAAUUCAGGACGGAAUGAAUAGUCACAUGGACAAAAGUGGGUUAAUUAAGGGGAGGCAGCAUGGACUUCCCAAGGAAAGGUCAUGUUGCAUUAACCUCCUGGAAUUCUUUGAGGAGGGAACAGGCCAUUGAUGAGGGUAAUGGUAUGUUGUAGUUUACGUGGACUCUGAAAAGACAUUUAACGCAGUGGCACACAACAGAAUAAUCAGAAAAUGGAUAGCUCAACGAGUUAACAGGAGCAGCAGCAAUACAAAUACAAAACAAAAUGUAGUGACAAGCAACCAGAAGUGGUGGUAAAUGCUUGAUUUUCUAAGUGGACUGUCGUGUGCAAGGGGCAGAGGUGGGCUAGCCUGCACCAUUCAACAAGAAUCACGGCUGAUCUGAUCAUUCUCAGCUCCACUUUCCCUGCCUUGACCCACAACCCUUAGUUUGCUGUCUGCUUAAAACACCACAUGUCUCGGCCUUGAAUAUACUGAGUGACCAAGCCUGAACAGCCCGGUUCCUCCUCGGUCAAAGACAACCACACAUACCGUUCUGAUCCCAUUCUCCAGCAGUUAGCCGAUAGCCUUGUAUGCCUCGUCAUUACAGGUGCAUUGUGCAGACUCAGUACCCAGCGAAGACGUUUGUCUUCAUCUCUGUCUUAAAUGGGUGCCCUCUUGUACAGGACGCUCGAAACCCCUCUUCUUAAGCCCCCUAAGAAUCCUCGAUGUUCCAAUAAUGUCUCCUCUUAUCUUCCUGAAACUCAGCCGAACCUAGUCAACUAUUUACCAGAAGAAAUCUCACCAUCCCUGUGAUUGACCUUCUCUGGGUUACCUGCAAAGCCAGUACAGCUUUCCUUAGAUAAGGUGACCGAACCUGUUCACCGUAUUUCCUGUUCUGGGGGAACUAGUGCUUUGUGUAAUCUUUGCUCCCCCUCCUGAUUUUUAGAAUCCAUUCCCUUUGGAAUAAAUGCUAAUAUUCCAUCUGCUUUCCUUCCUUCCUACCUGCUGAACAUGGAUGUUAGUUUUGUUUAUGUUAUCCAAGCACCAGAACCCCCCCCCAAAUGACUCAGUGCUGCAUUAUUUUGCAGCCUUCCCUCAUCGAGAUAAAUGAUCCCUGUGGUGCUCCACUCAUUCCAGAUUGCUGGGCUGCAAGAGAUUCACCCCCAUUCCAGCUUUGUUUUCUAUUCAUUGGACAAUCCUCCAAAGAUACUAAUGCAUUAACCCCACCCUCCACGGAAUGGACCGUUAUUAAAUAGCCUUAUGCAGUCCCCUGGAGAAAGUGAGGACUGUAGGUAGGCCGGAGAG